UGAGCCAGAGAAGAAAAUAAAAGCUAAACAUUUCCAGGCAGAGUUAAUUCAUAUCUGUGGAUGAGAGAGUUUAUUUGAAGAGAAAAUAAUAAGAAGAGUGAUUAUCAUGUCGAGCAACGGAAUGAGUGAUUCUAAUGUUAAAAGUUCAUUAAAUGUCGUCCUUGGUACUCAAUGGGGUGACGAAGGUAAAGGAAAGCUUGUUGAUCUUCUCGCAGAUAAGGUUGACAUCGUUUGUCGAUGUCAGGGUGGUAACAAUGCUGGACACACUGUGGUGGUUGGUGAGUCAGAAUAUGAUUUCCAUCUCUUACCCAGUGGUAUAAUUAACAAAAAUUGUACCGCUGUGGUUGGUAAUGGAGUUGUCAUCUCAUUGCCACAAUUGUUUGAUGAGAUUGCUCGUAAUGAAGCUAAAGGAUUGAUUGAUUUGAAGAAACAAUUGAUCAUUUCCGAUCGAGCUCAUAUGGUAUUUGAUUUCCAUCAAUCGGUUGAUGGUUUACAAGAAAAGGAAAAGGGUAAAAAAAGUUUAGGUACCACAAGGAAAGGUAUUGGACCAACAUAUUCAACCAAAGUUUCUCGAACUGGUAUUAGGAUGGCUGAUCUUUUAGGUGAUUUUAGUAAUUUUGAAGAGAAAUUUAAAUCCCUUGUUAUUACCUAUCAGAAGCAAUUUACUGAUUUAAAUAUUGAUGUUGACGAAGAGCUUAAACAUUAUCGUCGUUAUGCUGAAGAGAUUCGUAAUUGUGUUAAAGAUACUGUUACAUUUCUCCAUCAAAGUAUUAAAGCGGGUAAAACUAUUCUGGUUGAAGGUGCCAAUGCAACCAUGUUGGAUAUUGACUUUGGUACUUAUCCCUAUGUUACCUCAUCUAAUUGUACUGUUGGCGGUGUUUGUACGGGCCUUGGAUUACCUCCAAAAUUAAUUUGUGAUGUUUACGGUGUUGUCAAGGCUUAUUGCACUCGAGUUGGAGAUGGACCUUUUCCAACGGAACAAAACAAUGAAAUUGGAAUAAUCCUUCAAGAGCGUGGUAAAGAAAUUGGAGUAACCACCAAGAGGAAAAGAAGAUGUGGUUGGUUGGAUAUUGUUCUUUUAAAAUAUUCCAAUAUGAUCAACGGUUACACACAUUUCGCCGUUACCAAGUUAGAUAUUUUGGACACUUUCGAUGAAGUGAAAAUUGGAAUAGAAUACGAAAUUAACGGGAAAACUUUGCUCAGCCCACCAGCAAAUGCUUGUGAUUUAGAGCAGGUUAAUGUUAAAUACUUGACUCUUCCUGGAUGGAAGCAAAAUAUAAGCAAUUGUAGAAAAUUUUCAGAAUUACCUUUAGAAGCCCAAAGGUAUAUACUAACAAUCGAGGAGCUUUGUGGUGUACCUGUGAGAUGGAUUGGUGUGGGGCCUGAUCGUUCGUCAAUCAUUAACAGAUCAUAGUGAUUAAUCAAUUUAAUUAAGAUAAAGUCUUUAUUAGCUGAUCUUGUUCACAAUCAUCCAAAAACCACACACACACAACCACACAUACUACACACAUAUAUUCACACAUACACACAAACACAGAGAUCAUUUGUUUAAUUAAAUGAAUAAUUUGUUUAUCUAAUGUUUAAGAAAAAAAAACAAUCAGUUUUAUUAUUAUAGUGACAAAGUGAGUUAAUUAAGUUUAAUUACAAUUAAAAUCAAAACCUUGGAAAUGAUCAGAUUGUUGAUGAAUGAAAUUUGAUGAUCAAUUACUUCAAUAUUAUUUUUUGUUCUUGUUUCGCAAUUUGAUUUGCUUGUAUCUUAUGUUAAUUAAUUAACAACUAAUCAAUUAUUGUGUAUCUCAUUUCCUCUCAGAUUAUUUAAUCACUUCAUCCACAAUUACCGUGAUUAGCUUAAGACAAUCAAUGAGAGAGAGACCAUCAAUUUUUAAUUGUAAUUAAGAAUCUUAAUCGAUUCCAAUUGCGUUUGUGUUGAUCUUAUUUUGCUUCAUUUAAAGUUUAAUUUUCUAAAUUGUUUCACUUUUCAAUUUAAAGUUAAUUCACUUAACUCUUAUGUAUCUUAAUCUGAUUGAACUUUAAAAUCACCGAUAAUUAAAUCUAAUUAGUUUAUCCAGA